AUGAGUACAACCGAGAAAGAAGCUAAUGGGGCUCCUUCUCCUUCAGGGCCAGUUGAAUCUACUGCCAAUGAAAGCCAACAAAAUAGGCUAACAGCGGCAGAAUUUAGACAGCCUUCCAAACUCGAAUCUUUUCUUGCAGUAGCCAAAUCUCUAGUAAUAAGAGGAAUUAUUAUGUAUUUUAUAUUCUCAUUCUUUAAAGCACCACAGCCCCAGAAAGUAGACGAUAAAGGGGUCAAAGUGGUGCAGAGUGCAGCUAGAAAUAUAUUCACUGAUGGAACACCAAUGAAUUUGUACAUUUAUUUAUCUGAAAAUGAAACCAUGGAUGACUACAGUCAUUCGAAUAUAUUUUGGUAUAAAGAAGGGUUGGAGUAUGGGGACUGGACUUCAGGGGAAGAAAGAGAUGGGUGUUAUUCUAUAGAAAAAGAAGUUCCUAUUACUUCUAAUAUGAAAAACAAUGGAUCCUUAUUUCUACAUGCCUAUUUAGUAAGGGCGGGAUACAGCCCUGAUCCAUCUGCCACAAAUUUUGCAAGAGAACAGAUGUCUUCAGUUAUGAAGCAACUGAACAGAUAUAAAAAAUUAAAAUCAGCAGGCACCAAAAACCUGCUGACUGGAGAAAGCGACAAAAUUGAAGUGGAGGAUGGCAAAAUAGUUUCUCAUUGGCAUCCAAACUUCACUCUAAACUUAGUCACAGACCAAACGCUAUGGACCCAAGGCGCAGUUCCAGUUCCUCUGGACCAAUAUAUAAGAUUUUCAGAAGAUGGAAAAUUGUACAAGCCUGUGUUGUUUGCCAACGAUUUUUGGAACAUGGCUCGAGAUUACAAGCCUUUGAAUGAAACUUACUCAUUAAAGUUGAUUUUCCAGCCAUUGACUCUCUUCAAGUGGCAACUUUAUGCAGCACAACACAUGAGGCAAAUGUGGAACGUUUGGGGAGAUGCAGAACCAGGCCAAACAGAUGAGGAACAAGAUACUUUGAAGGAAACUUUAUUGGAUACAAAUCCCUAUCUUUUAGGAAUUACGGUAGUCGUUUCCAUCGUUCAUUCUGUGUUUGAACUUCUAGCCUUCAAGAAUGACAUACAGUUUUGGAACAACAGAAAUUCCCUGGAGGGACUAUCAGUGAGAUCGGUAUUUUUUGGAGUGUUUCAAUCCAUGGUUGUGCUCUUGUAUGUAUUAGAUAACGAAACUAAUACUCUAAUCAGGGUUUCUUGCUUUGUGGGGCUGGGUAUCGAGUGUUGGAAGAUUUGGAAAGUUGUGGAUAUAAAAUUCGAAAAUGGUUGGAUCACGUUCAAAGAUAAGAGUUCAUAUCUUCAAUCUAGCACUAAAGUGUACGAUAAAUUAGCGUUUAAAUAUCUAUCGUGGGUGUGUUUCCCUUUGUUAGUAGCUUACAGUGUUUAUGCUCUUUUUUAUUUGGAGCAUAAAGGUUGGUAUUCAUUUGUAUUGGACCUAUUAUACGGGUAUUUGCUCACAUUUGGUUUUAUCAUGAUGACGCCGCAGUUGUUUAUUAACUAUAAAUUGAAGUCUGUAGCGCAUCUGCCGUGGAGAAUGUUGACGUACAAAUUUUUGAACACUUUCAUCGACGAUAUGUUCGCUUUUGUGAUUAAAAUGCCAACUAUGUACAGAAUAGGUUGUUUCCGUGACGAUAUCGUUUUUUUGAUAUAUCUUUAUCAACGUUACAUUUACCCUGUCGAUAAAAAGAGGGUAAAUGAAUAUGGUUAUUCUGCCGAACAGGAGGAGAAUCAGAAGAGCAUUGCUGGAAGUCCGGAGGAAAACCAGAAGAGCAUUGCUGGAAGUCCGGAGGAAAACCAGAAGAGCAUUGCUGAAAGUCAGGAGCCUAGUGUGGAAGAGACGAAAAAAGAAAAAUAG